CCAGCAGGCGGCCGCCCAGUGCAACUCACGCUCAUCUGACUCUCAACAACAACAUCGCCAUUUUCAGAGCAGGGAGGGAGGUGGGGACGCUGAAAUCUCCCGCGGUACAGAGCGCAGCAAGAAGUAGGUCAACCAGCAAUAUCGCCGAGACGUACGCACUCAGACUCCCGAGAAAACAACAUACAACGACACAAAUUUACCCUCAUCCGUCUCCAAUGCGUGUGCUCUGCGCCGCUCUGAUGUGUUCAGGUUCCGGUCCGGGUUGACAUUCAGACGACUUAACAGGAUUUUGCUUAUUUUUCGCUGUUUGUGAGCGAGCUGAACGGAGAUAACAUGAGUAACACGCAAAACAGUUCUCUCAGGCCCCCAAGAAUGAAAAGGAGGUUGAGCAGAGACCGUGAGGACAGCACCUCGUCCUGCGAGGGGCAGACGGACUCCUGCAAGAGAGUCAAACAGCCUGAAGACUCUGGGGAUCUGCUGUCCAACUGGGCUCGAUUACCACAGGAGAUCCUGCUUCACAUCUUUCAGUACCUGCCGCUCCUCGAUCGCGCCUUCGCUUCGCAGGUUUGCCGUGGCUGGAAUCAGGCCUUCCAUAUGCCCGAGCUGUGGAGGUGCUUUGAGUUCGAGCUCAACCAGCCCGCCAGCUCUUACCUGAAAGCCACUCAUCCUGACCUAAUAAAGCAAAUCAUAAAGAGGCACUCCAAUCAUUUGCAGUACGUCAGCUUCAAGGUGGACAGCAGUACAGAGUCAGCGGAGGCUGCGUGUGACAUCCUGUCUCAGCUGGUCAACUGCUCACUGAAGACUCUCGGGCUGAUCUCCACUGCACGGCCGAGCUUCAUGGAGCUACCGAAGUCCCACUUUAUCUCUGCACUAACCGUGGUGUUUGUCAACUCAAAGUCUCUUUCGUCUCUGAAAAUUGACGACACGCCAGUGGACGAUCCUUCGCUUAAGGUCCUGGUGGCCAACAACAGUGACACGCUCAAGCUGUUAAAGAUGAGCAGCUGCCCUCACGUUUCUCCUGCAGGUAUUCUCUGCGUUGCUGAUCAGUGUCACGGUCUGAGAGAGCUGGCUCUCAACUAUCACUUACUGAGCGACGAGCUCCUGCUGGCGCUUUCCUCCGAGAAGCACGUGCACCUGGAGCAUCUGCGCAUAGACGUGGUGAGCGAAAACCCUGGCCAGCAGUUCCACACCAUCAAGAAGAGCAGCUGGGAUGCCAUGGUGCGCCAUUCACCCAAAUUCAACCUGGUCAUGUACUUCUUCCUGUACGAGGACGAGUUCGGGCCCUUUUUCCGUGACGAGAUCCCCGUCACACACCUCUACUUCGGUCGCUCGGUCAGCAAAGAGGUCCUGGGCCGCGUCGGCAUGAAUUGCCCGCGUCUGGUGGAGCUGGUGGUGUGUGCCAACGGGCUGCGGCCGCUGGACGAGGAGCUGAUUCGUAUCGCAGAGCGCUGCCAGCACCUGUCGGCCAUCGGACUGGGCGAGUGCGAGGUCUCCUGCAGCGCUUUCGUGGAGUUCGUGAAGAUGUGUGGCCGCCGCCUUUCACAGCUGUCCAUCAUGGAGGAGGUGCUCAUCCCAGAUCACAAAUACAGCCUGGAUGAGAUUCACUGGGAAGUUUCCAAGCAUCUCGGGCGUGUUUGGUUUCCAGAUAUGAUGCCCACCUGGUGAAAUGUUCAGGAGACCAUGAAAGUAAUCAGACUGGGACACUUUUCAAGACUCAAUGGCUUUUUGUGUGAGUUUCACAAGGUUUGUACAUAGAUUUGACUUGAGAUGUAUAUUCCUACACGGCUAUAACAAAUGUUGACUGUUGUGAAGGGAUAGUUCACAGAAAUGAAAAUAUCUUCAUCGUUUACUCAUCCUUAAAGAGAUAGUUCACCCAAAAAUGAAAAUUACCCCAUGACUUAUUCACCCUCAAGCCAUCCUAGGUGUAUAUGACUUUCUUCUUUCAGACGAAUACAAUCAGGGUUAUAUUAAAAAAUAUUCUGGAUCAUCGAAGCUUUAUAAUGGCAGUGAAUGGCUGUUGAGAUUUUGAAGUCCAAUAAAGUGUGUGCAUCCAUCAUAAAAAGUACUCCACACAUCUGCAGGAGGUUAAUAAAGGCCUUCUGAAGUGAAUCAAUGCGUUUGUAUGAGAAAAAUAUACUGCGUCGUUUUGCUUCAGAAGGUCUUUAUUAACUCUCUGGAGCUGUGUGAAGUACUUUUUAUGAUGGAUGGAUGCACUUUAUUGGACUUCAAAAUCUCAACAGCCAUUCACAGCCAUUAUAAAGCUUGGAAGAGCUAAGAAUUUUUAAUAUAACUCAGAUUUGUCUGAAAGAAGAAAGUCAUGGCUUGAGGGUGAGUAAAUCAUGGGGUCAUUUUAAUUUUUGGGUGAACUGUCCCUUUAAGUCUUUUCAUGUGAACUUUCUGUGGAACACAAAAAAAAAAAACAGAUAAAAAUAUCUUAUGUUUCCCAGAAUAGUCACACAGGUUUGUAAAAUGACAUGAGGGUGAGUAAAUAAUGACAGCGUUUACAUUUCUGGGUGGAUCAUUUCUUCAUUUCUUUCAUGGCAUGCUGUGGCAAAUCUUCAUUUAAUGAGUCUUAUAAAAAUCUCAUAACAUUUUACCUUAUUUGACUACAAAAAUUAUAAUUAUAUUAAAUUAGAUUUUACAUCAAAAAAAGAUUAAGCCCAUUUUAGAGCCAUUAACAUUUUUGUCUUUGUGACAUUGAAAAAAACAAAAAAAUCUCAGUCAUUCUCAGUAUCAUCUCUUGUUUGACUUAUUGUUUGACUUAUUAAUUUCAUUAGAUUCUCAUUACUGUAAUAAAGUCAUUGCUACAAAAUUCACUAAUACUGCCAGGAAGUUAGAUCACAAAACAAAAGUGAAGGAAAUUAAAAGUUUACAUACACCUUACAUACACCUUGCAAAAUGUUAAUUAUUUUACCAAAUAAGAAAUAUCAUACAAAAUGCAUGUUGUUUUUUUUAUUUAGUACUGACCUGAAUAAGAUAUUUCACAUAAAAGACGCUUAUAUAGUUCACACGAAAAAAUAAUAGUUGAAUUUAUAAAAAUGACCCCAUUCAAAAGUUUACAUACACUUGGUUCCUAAUACUGUGUUGUUACUUGAAUGAUCCACAGCUGUGUUUUUUGUUUAGUGAUAGUUGUUCAUGAGUCCCUUGUUUGUCCUGAACAGUUAAACUGCCUGCUGUUCUUCAGAAAAAUCCUUCAGGUCCCACAAAUCCUUUGUUUUUUUUAGCAUUUUUGUGCAUUUGAACCCUUUCUAACAAUGACUCUAUGAUUUUGAGAUCCAUCUUUUGACACCUGAGGACAACUGAGGGACUCAUAUGCAACUAUUACAGAAAGAAAUUUUCUGAAUUUUGAAGAUCAGGGUAAAUUUCACUUAUUUUGUCUUCUGGGGAACAUGUAUCUUCUGAAGCUUCUGAAGGGCAGCACUAAAUGUCAAAAUAAGAAAAAUGCACACAUGCACAACACCUUUGGCUUUUAAUGCAUCAUUAUUUUCUCUUGUGGACUAUAUGUAAACAUCUUUUAUGUGAAAUAUCUUAUUCAGGUCAGUACUAAAUAAAAAAUAACAUGCAUUUUGUAUGAUCCCUCUUACUUUGCAGAUUUUGGAAGGUGUAUGUAAACUUUUGACCUCAACUGUAUUUUUGAAAAAUAAGUUGGCGUUUUAGAUUUUUGAGGUGUAACAACCUGGACAUGUUGUAAGCUUUACUAAUUUAUCUUUUUGGAUGCUUUCCUCUUAACACUUCCUUUAUGAAACUAAAUCGAGGAUUGCUGUAUAUGCCAUACCAUGUAUAUACUGUAUGUUAUGUUUUUAGAUUAUUUUCAGACAAGAGUUUAAUUUAGAAAAGAAACUGAAGGCUAUUUUAUGUAGAUGUUCUGUCUCUGUCGUUUGUUUUUUUUUUUUUUUUUUUUUCCCCAGCAAAUACUUCACUAUUUCUCCACUGUCCUGCUGUCUGUCUGUCUAAAUGCCUGUUUUCAGUGUCGGUACCAUAUUUCCAAUCUCAUGUGAAAUCAUUGUUCCAUCAGAGCACAAACAGUGCUAUUUAGUUAAAAGCGGUUAACCAAGUAACCAUCCAUUUUCCAGAAUGCUUUCCUAUGUUGGAGCCCAUCCCAGCAUCUCGGGCCGCAAUUACGUUUUGAUUAUACUGACAGAUCAGCUGUUUUUUUGAAGCACUCAGGCUUCUCGCUAGGAAUCUUCAGCAGCUCCUCCUAGUGGCGUGAAAAGCCAUAACACUAAGAGUGUUUUUCGCUUACUAACUGAGUGGCCUCUCACCGUGUUCACCAACACAAGGUUAAAAAGAAGUAGUGCACAGACAUCAGGCUCAGGCUUUUAGUUUAUGUAGAUAAUGAAUUAUAUUUUGUAUUAUUAUACAUAUGCUUUUGUACAAAGAUGUAUAGUGAAUAAUGCACCUUAUACCAAAUUGAAAUAUUCUGAUUCUGAGGUGAGUAGAAAGCAGUUAUGCUUAUAUUUUGGUGUAGUAGGGAAGAGGGUGCAGAAUAAUACAACAGCAUAUUUUUAAGGUCUUAGGUAUGUCAGAGAGACAGGAAAUGAAUGGGUUAGUGUUUGGCUCACAGCACACUUGUGUCUUCAAAUUUGAAAGAAAAUGGUAAUAGAAUUUAAGGGAUACAAUGAAGCGUUGAUUGGUUUCUAUUAGAUUGCAUAAAGAAUGUUCAAAUUGAAUAGGAUACGACCAUGUAAUGAAUUGGUCUGGAUAUGCAUACGAUGCAUGAUCUGGCUGCGUUCGCAUGCGCCCCUUCGUUUCAGUUCAAUAUGAUUCAGUAUUGGAGUGAAGCAGUGAAAACAUUUUCCUUAAGAAGGAAGCCCCACAUGUGUGUAUAUAAAAUGCUGUGUGUUUGAUAUAAAUAGAAAUACUUAUUUCUCUUGCACCCUCUGUGGAGGUUUGAAGUGUAUUCGUGCUGAUCUCUUUCAGAUGAGUGGGAAUGACUCCUUGAUGGAUCUUUGUAACCUUGUAAUUAGAUUUGAUCAGUGUAAUUUAUUGAUAUCCUUUUUAUUAUUAUUAUUAUUAAUCGCCUUGUAUUGAUAGUUUAGCUUCGAGUGAGAUGCUCCUUGAUUUAUAUGCAUAUUAUAUCAUUUAUAAAAAGCCAAUAGCAUGUAAUUGUUGUCUUCACCCGUUAUACAGAAGCUGUUUUAACUUUUGCAGCUAAACUAAACAUCUGAAAGUGAAAUAUUCUUAAAAAGGUUCAGAAAAGGGAAGCCACAACCCAGUAGUUCACAUGCAAAUUAAAACGCAUAAGCUCGGCUUCAGUCAGCGCAUAUCUUGCCCGUUUAAAACACAAAAAGCUUUUUGUUAGACUGACUUCUUGGAAGUGCAUGCUGAUAAGCAUUACAUGAACCUGAUGUAAAACACAGCAUAGGAAAAUGUACAAGUAGCAUCAAAACAAGUGCUUAUUUGAUUUUUCUGAAGCAUAUUGCUUGUAUUGUGGAUAUGAAAGCAUCACAUUUGUUUUUGUGUGGUAAAAACAUGAAUACAACAGUCUUUUAUUGAAAUAAGGGUAAAUAAACAUUGUGUAAAAAAUA